AUGCGCAACUAUCACAUCCGUAUCUCUCUCAAGUCACAAGCAGUUACGCCCUCGAGCUCAGCUUCUUCGUAUACUGCUCCGUCAGCCGUCCGUGCCCCAACCAUAUUCCUACCCGAAUCUCUUUUCCAACGAUUUCCUUCUCACGCUCCACGGGCUAUCGCACGGAGAUACACUGUUGUAUCGCACGAACGUAAGGGGGGUUCUCUGACAACUGCAGAGUGCAGCGACUACCGUUUAGGCCCCAUCAUAAUUGACUGGGUGGACUGUGUCUCGGAAGGUAUGAACGCUUCCCCGAACAAAAAGCCGGGGGUCGGGAAGGAACGUGAGCGUGAGCAACCUCGCCGAGGCGAACCAGUCACGGCGACGUUCGUUCCACAAGAUUCUGGUGCAUCGAAGUCGGGUUCCACGAAUCUCCCUGAAGGCAUCGUGCACAUAUACCGCGAUGUGUCUAAACCCUCAUCCACUCAAUCCUUCACCCUGAAAAAUGCAACCGGUCCUCCCCAGUCAGAUGGUAGCGUCUCAUAUUCGGAUGCGGAUACCAACGGACUGGUACUUGCUGUCUUGGCGGUUCCUCCUUGGAUGACGCCGUCCGACUUCCUCUCCUUCGUCUCGCCUGCUGCUGAGGGAAUCUCUCUGCUCCGAAUGAUCCGGUUAGUACAUUCAGAUUGUGACCUCCUAAUGUUAGAUACUGUCUUGAACAAAACAUUUAGGGAUUCUGCACCUAAUCGGUCAAUUGUAGUCAUGAAAUUCAGGACGGCGCAGGAUACUGCCGAGUUCGCGGAAGCAUUCAACGGUAAGGCUUAUAAUUCAAUGGAGCCGGAAAUUUGCCAUAUCGUUCGUGUGCUGUCCAUCACUAUCGAUUCCGACGACACCGCCUCGCAGACCAUUAGUUUUGCAAGCGAUCCUAGUGUAAUUUACGAGUUGCCCACUUGCCCUGUCUGUCUUGAGCGAAUGGACUCGGCGGUUACUGGCCUUGUAACUGUGCCGUGUUCGCACACGUUUCACUCUACUCUGAUCACUAGUUCAGGUGUCCCCACCGCGAAUUUAUGGAUAUGUCUUAUUUGUGGCAAUGUCGGUUGUGGGCGAUAUGGUCGUGCCCACGCUCACGCACAUUACACACAUACAACCCAUCUCUAUGCCCUUGAGCUCGAAACGCAGCGCGUGUGGGACUAUGCCGGCGACGGCUACGUGCACAGGUUGAUCCAGAACAAGGCAGACGGGAAGCUGGUUGAGUUACCCUCGGCGGCAUCCACGGUGGGCGUGGGCGACGCGCGAGGCACCGGUGGCGACAACAUAGGACCAAGUACAAUGGAUGCACUCAGCGCGGAGAAGAUUGAGGCGAUCGGAAUCGAAUACUCGUACCUCCUGACGUCGCAGUUGGACUCGCAGAGGGAAUUUUACGAGGAGCAGACGACCGAACUACGUAAGGAACUUGAACAAAUGCAAAUCUUCAUGGAGAAGCAGCGCAUCGAUUUCGAGAAAGCCCAGGAAGCCGCCCGUGCGCGGGAGGAGAAGUGGAGGAAGGAAGAGCGAACACGGACGGCGGCGAUGGAGGCGGAGGUAGAGAAGACUCGAAAACGUGCCGAUAAAGCAUCGGAGCUGGCACAGAAGCUGCACAAAGAGCUGCAGGAGGAGCGUGCGGUCAGCAAGGGUCUUAUGGACAACCUGCAGAAGGCCAAACAACUCGUGGAAGGCGCUGAUCGUGAAAAAACGCAAUUUGCGGCGCAGAUUAGAGAUCUGGAGGACCAGGUCCGGGAUGUAAUGUUUUUUCUGGAAGCUAAGAAGACCAUUGAGAGCGGGGAGGGUGAUGUAGCGGAGGCUGCUGGGGGUUCCAUUGAGCUAGGAUCACUACCUAAGCAGACAACAGGUGGUACUAGGAAGAGCAGGAGCAAGCGCAGAUGA